GAAUGCAUACGCAGCAGCCAGCUUAGCAGAUCAACACAGGGGAAGCGUAAACGUAGAAGGAGGCACGCUCCAAGGUCAGCAAAUGCCGUGUGCGUGUUUGUUAACUUUGUGCGGAGCUUGUAUUCAAGGCACAUACGCAUCUAAAGCUUUGGUUUGCUCUGGUGCAACACCUGCCAAUUACCGGUCUCUGUACGGUACGGAGCUCUAUAUACGCACAUGAUGACGCCAGCCCUGAUGUUUGUUGCUCUGCUAGCUAUUGGUACUCAUUCUUAUCCUUAAGUCAAGUCUUUCCUGGCUUUUGGUUCCAACAGCCCUUGCGGCCGCUGGACGGCUUGCCUGUCUUUGCGGCCGCGUGUUGGCUUAAAAGACUUUCCAAUUAUCUUGUAGUUGACUUUUCUAGCAUCUAGCACAUGGACGAGUGGGGAGGAAGCGGGGGAGGCUACCGCCCUCGAGGUCCCAGAGGAGGCUUUGGAGGUGGAGGUGGCCGAUAUAAUGACAAUUAUUAUGGAGGAAGAGGCGGCAGGGGAGGCGGCAAUUACUAUGAAGGAGGAGGCAGAGGCGGGUAUUACGAUGGCCCACCUAAUCGAGGAGGCCAAAGCGGUCGAGGAGGUUACAACGAUGGUUACCAGGGCGGCGGAUAUCAAGGCGGAGGUUACCAGGGCGGUGGAUACCAAGGCGGUGGUGGCUAUCAAGGAGGCAGCUAUCGGGGCGGUGGAGGCGGGCGAUUCAAUGAUGGUGGAUCUAGACGCGGUUUCCGCGGGGGUCGCUCCUGGAACCACGCGGGGCAAAAGCGGCAGCAGCAGCCGCAGCAGUACAACGCCAACCCGCCUCCCAACCUCGCCCUCGUCAAAACCAUCCAAGCGCACGCGGGCGCGGUUACCUGCAUCGCUUACGACCAAGCAACCAACGCGCUCUUCACGGGCUCCAAGGAUGGGAAGAUCAAGCAGUGGGACUGCAACUCGGGGCAGGUGGUCCACGAGGAGACCCUGAGCGGCCAGGUGGACGCCAUCCUGUUCAUCCAGGGCUUCCUGUUCGUGGGCUACGUGAAGGGCUCCGACCCGCGCAACCAGGAGGGCAUCAUCAACUUCUACAACACGGCAGCGGGGAAAACACAGCUCAUCCCCGGACACAGGGGCCACAUCAACCAGCUGAUGGCCGCCAACAACCUGCUGUUCAGCUGCGGCACGGACGGCAGCAUCCGCGUGUGGGGCAUGGAGGGGGAGGCGUUUGUGUGCAAGCUCAUACUCGACUCGGACAAGGGCGGCCACACGCACCCCAUCUACUGCAUCGAGAUGAUCAACGGCUUCCUGGUAUCAGGCGACUCCGCGGGCUGCCUCAAGAUCUGGGACAGCGCCUCGGGGACGUGCACCCAGACCCUGCAGGCCGCCCACAGCGGCAUCAUCUCGUCCAUACUGCAGUACGGGAAGAACAUCCUCACCGGGUCCGCGGACGGCAGCAUGAAGGUGUGGGAGCUCAACGAGCCCGUCAUGCCGGGGGCGGUGGUGAAGCCCGACCCCAUCGACCGCUACUUUGGAGACGCCUCCGACUCGGGUGGCGGAGGAGGAGGUCGGGGCGGGGGGCCGGGGAGGUACCGACAGGGCAGCCCCAACGCCAUCCUCACCAUGGACGGCACCCCCGACAAGAAGGGCGAGAGCAUGCUGGCCAUCUCCUCGCUGUACGACGGAGUGCGGGUGUUCAACGUGGAUCAGAACAUGGCGCUGCUGGGCAGCCUGCCGGAGGUGGAGGUGUCUCGGGCCAUCACCAGCAUCCCCGGGGCCGCCAUCUUUGUGGGGGACGACAAGGGUCAGGUGCACAUCUUCUCAUGGACAAGUUGACAGGAGGGAGCGCCCCUUCCUUCCUUCCUUCCCACAGCAUCCGCAUGCCGCAUCCUCCUCUCGUGCUCCUCCUCCUCUCCUAGCCAUGGGCCGCUGCUUGCUGCCCAGCCACCCAGACAACAGCUAGCUGCCCUGCACAAGCCGCAAGCGCACACCUUCCGCCUUUUAAGAUGGAGCCCCUGCAUGCGCCGUCAUCCGCAGUCGUGAUGUGGGUCGGCGAUGGG